AUGAACCCACAGCCAGGUAUCGAUCCAAAGGCUCGACGAUUUCUUUGGAAUUAUUUGAGUGAGCAACGGAACAGUGGUAGAGUAGUGCUGCUAUCCUCACAUUCAAUGGAGGAAUGUGAGACACUCUGCACACGCAUUGGUAUUCUUUGCCAAGGAAAACUUGUAGAAAUUGGAGCUGUUCAGGCGCUCAAGUCCAGGUGUUUUACAUGUUUUGGUAUUCGUAAUUAUUUUUGA